AGGGCGCCCAGAAACUAAUAAGUCAUUAUUAUUUUAUUAUUAUCCAUCCACCGUCUUCCCCUGAUCGGCGGCUGGUUCGUCUCUUCCUUUGGACUUCUGUCGUACAUGAUGGAAAGAUUUUAGACCAUUUCACUUCAUGCAUUUUGCUCUCUCCAUUGAGCCCUGAAGACCCUUUUCAAUUUUUGAUCUCUUUUUCCUGGAAAAGCAGAAUGUAAGUCUCCAAAAGGGUCUUCAAAUUCCCGCCGGACUUCGCCGGCGACUAUUGCAUGUUAACUCCAUGGUCUGCUGUUCUUCACAUUGAACAGAAAUUGUUGUCUGAAAGCAUACCCAUUUUGGCAACUGUGACUCAAGGCCUCAAUAAGUUCUUCGUUAUUUUGCCACCUCUAUAUGACCUUAUUGUAGAGAUUGAGCGUGAUGAUAUCCGCGGGGGACAACUUCUUAACCUUUUACAUAAACGGUGCCAUUGUGGGGUGCCUGAACUGCAGACCUGCAUUCAGAGGCUUCUUUGGCAUGGGCAUCAAGUCAUGUAUAACCAGCUUGCAUCAUGGAUGGUCUAUGGAAUUCUUCAAGAUCAACAUGGAGAGUUUUUCAUUAGAAGGCAGGAGGACAGGGAUGUUGAGCAUGGGUCAUCUCACCCAGAUAUGUCUGAAAAGUUGGCACGCUUGUCAACUGAUGAUACAUCCUUAACAGAUUGGCAUUUGGGCUUUCAUAUUUUCCUGGAUAUGCUUCCUGAGUACAUUCACAUGCGCAUUGCAGAAUCAAUUCUUUUUGCUGGUAAAGCAAUCAGGGUCCUCCGGAAUCCAAUUCAUGCCUUUAGGUUUCAGGAUAAUUUGUAUCCUCAGCAGAUGGUUAGGAGCUCUCAGAAAAUUCAAGGACUUACAGUGCGGUUUCCCUUCCAGAAGGAAACCCCUUUGGACACAAAAUUGGUUGGAGAAGAGUUACUUCCACAAUCUGAGGCUGAUAAGAUCGAAAAUAUGCUCCAGGACCUGAAGGAAUCAUCAGAAUUUCACAAAAGAUCAUUUGAAUGUGCUGUUGACUCUAUCCGUGCUAUUGCAGCCAGUCAUCUUUGGCAGCUUGUGGUUAUUCGUGCUGAUCUGAAUGGCCACCUAAAGGCAUUAAAAGACUAUUUUCUGUUGGCAAAGGGAGACUUUUUCCAGUGUUUUCUUGAGGAAAGCCGUCAGUUGAUGCGCUUACCACCUCGCCAGUCAACUGCUGAAGCUGAUCUUAUGGUUCCAUUUCAGCUGGCAGCAUUAAAGACUAUCAGUGAGGAUGAUAAAUACUUUUUGAGGGUAUCUUUGCGAAUGCCUUCAUUAGGGACUGUUAAACCCUCUCAAGUAGAUGUUCCAAAGGUGAAAGCUUAUAGUGAUGGAAGUUCAGCUGCUGUACCAUCUAAUGCUUCUUCAGAGUUGUCACUUGAUGGCUGGGAUGGCAUUGCACUCGAAUAUUCUGUUGAUUGGCCCUUACAGCUAUUCUUUACUCAAGAGGUGCUCUCCAAGUAUCUUAGGGUUUUUCAAUAUCUUUUGCGUCUCAAGCGAACCCAAAUGGAAUUGGAGAAAUCCUGGGCUGCUGUUAUGCAUCAGGAUCACACAGAUUUUGCGCAACAUCGCAAUGAGCGAAUAAAGUGUUCGACAUCUCAGCAGAGACGGCAGCGUUUUAGACCAAUGUGGCGCGUUAGAGAGCAUAUGGCAUUUUUAAUUAGAAAUCUUCAAUUUUAUAUACAGGUUGACGUGAUAGAAUCUCAAUGGAAUGUUUUGCAAUCUCAUAUUCAAGAUUCUCAAGACUUUACUGAACUCGUGAACUUCCACCAGGAGUACUUAUCGGCUUUAAUUUCACAGUCUUUCUUGGACAUUGGCUCUGUAUCGAGGAUAUUGGACAGCAUAAUGAAACUCUGUCUACAGUUCUGCUGGAAUAUUGAGAACCAAGAAAGCAGUCAAAAUACAACUGAACUAGAACACAUAACAGAGGAAUUUAACAAGAAAUCAAACUCCUUGUACACAAUAUUACGCAGCAGCAGGCUUGCUGGGAGUCAGCGAGCUCCAUUUCUGAGACGUUUCCUCCUGCGCUUGAACUUCAAUUCCUUCUUUGAGGCCACUGCAAGAGGUGUACUGAAUGUUGUGAGACCACGCCCUGCACUACCAGGUCUGAAUCAGCAAUAGCAUUUAAUUAUGUGGAGAAGAUAUCUUAUCUGAGUUCGCCAUCUGUGUGCUUCUGGAGUCAGCUAGUUCCCUAGCCUAGCAGCCAUCCCCGUUUUGACAGUGAGGAUUGUUUAAGCUUUAAGGUGCAUAGCUUGGUUAAUACCUGUUGACUGUCCUAAUCGGGUAGUUAUUUAGUUAGCUCAUAGCUGCCUCGAAGGCUACUGUCUGCUUGACCAUCAAGUACCAGCCCCUUGUGAAAGUUGGACGGUCUCCUGGGUAGCUGCAGUCCAUGCAGCAUGUGUGGAUUUUCUCUAGCGAGCAUUUUUUUUUUUUUUAAUGUAAAUUGAUUAGUUAUAAAAUUGUUACUGCCUGCAUGCUCAUGUGAUCUUUAGUCAGCUAUAUAUCAAUAUCACUCAAAAUACUAAAUGUUUUCUGCAAUU